UCCGCCCAGACCCCUCCCUCCCCCACCCAGGAGCCUCCGCAGACCCGGGACGCCCACACUCUCUGGGGUGCCUCCCAGGUGCCUCCACCGUCCUGGAAUUCCUGGGGUCCCUUUUGAUCCUCCCCCACCGCUGUCUUUGCACUAUACCUAAAUCCAAAAUUCUUGCCCACAUUCCUUCCUCCGAAGCCAUCGAACACAUUUUCAGUUCCUCUAAGGGUCUGUGCUUCCCGUCCCCAGUCCGUACCUGUCCCAGGUCAGCGCUCUCCUCUCUUUCUCCUGUCCAGCAUAAUCCUCUUCGAGGGGUUAUCUGAAGAUGUGACCCCAUAUCUUACAGAAAAAGAGUUGGAGAUUCGACGGGUGACCCCUCCCCAAGCCUACCCGGUAGUUCUAGGUGAGCCCCAGGUGUGCCCCAGAGGGAUCCAGGUGACUUCUCUACAGAUUGUUUGCCAUGACACCCCGCCAAGGACGUGGGGGAUAAAGUGGACACCCUUCUCCAUGCCCUUCCCAUGGUCAGGUCCCCGAUGGCCUGGGUAAGGGUGGGCUGGCUGCUCUGACACCAUGGGGAGCUGUUGCGGCUGCCUGAAUAGAGACAGCGUCCCAGACAACCACCCCACCAAGUUCAAGGUGACGAACGUGGACGACGAGGGGGUAGAGCUGGGAGUGGGGAUAAUGGAGCUGACCCAGAACGAGCUGGUGCUGCACUUACAGCGGCGCGAGGCAGUGCGCUGGCCCUACCUCUGCCUGCGGCGCUAUGGCUACGACUCCAACCUCUUCUCCUUUGAGAGUGGCCGCCGCUGCCAGACCGGCCAGGGGAUCUUUGCGUUCAAGUGCUCCAGGGCUGAGGAAAUCUUCAGCCUCCUUCAGGAUCUGAUGCAAUGCAACAGCAUCAACGUGACAGAAGAGCCAGUCAUCGUCACCCGCAGCAGCCACCCUGCUGAGCUCGACCUCCCUCGGACGCCCCAGCAGCCCAACGCUCUAGGGUACACCGUGUCCAGCUUCUCCAAUGGCUUCCCCAGCUGCCCUGGAGAAGGCCCACGGCUCUCCGCUCCCCGGCGGCCAUCCUCAAGCAGCCUGCGACACCCCUCGCUCGGGGAGGAGUCCACGAGUGCCCUCAUUGCCCCUGAUGAGCAGUCACACACCUAUGUCAACACUCCGGCCAGCGAGGUUGACCAGCGCAGAACCCGGCACUGCCUGCAGCCACUGCCCGAGGCGCGGACGCCCUUCCCCUCGCAGGCCCGGGAGCCUGGCCCCAGGGACCCGCAGGUCUUCCUGCAGCCGGGCCAGGUGAAGUUCGUGCUGGGCCCCACACCCGCCCGGCGGCACGUGCUCAAAUGCCAGAGCCUUCAGGACGCGCCCCCCCACAACAACAACAACGAGGGCCCCUCUGAGUGCCCCGAGCAGCCCAAGUGCACCUACGAGAAUGUGGGCGGGGGGUUGCGGCGCAGCCCCAGUUGGAAACUGAGCCCCAAGGAGCCGGGUUGGGGCAGCCUGGCCUACCGCCGUGCUGCGCUGCUGCACUAUGAGAACCUGCCCCCACUGCCCCCAGUGUGGGAGAGCCACGGGCAGCUGCGGGCCGGGGAGCCUGGUGAUGACGGGGACCUGAGGGAUGGGCUCACGCCCUCCUCCAAUGGCUUCCCUGAGGGGGAGGAGGACGAGACCCCGCUGCAGAAGCCCACAGGCUCCCGAGCCUCUGCCCGCAGCCAUGGCAGCUUCCCCGUGCCACUGACCCGCCGCCGAGGCUCCCCGAGGGUCUUCAGCUUCGACUUCCGCCGCCCGGGCCCUGAGCCCCCACGGCAGCUCAAUUACAUUCAGGUGGAACUCAAGGGCUGGGGUGGGGAGCGGCCCAAGGGGGCCCAGACCCCCUCAACGCCCCGGGCCACAGGGCCCAGCUCGGACUCCUAUGCCGUGAUCGACCUUAAGAAGACUGCGGCCAUGUCCAGCCUGCAGCGGGCACUACCCCGUGACGAUGGCACUGCCCGCAAGACGCGGCACAACAGCACCGACCUGCCUCUCUAGGUGCACCUCGCAGUCACCUCUGCUGUCUGUGGCCACCACCGGGCCUGCUGUGGGAGGCUUGGGGCACUGCGGGCUCCCCAGGCCGAGGCGGGAAAGGGUGGCCAGCUGAGGAGGGAGCCACCACGCCAACUGUGAAGGUCCUCGUGAUUGCGUUUCCCUCAGUCCCCUUCCGUCCAUGCGUCUUGUUGGCUGUCUGUCCAUCCAUCCAUUUGUGUGUGUUUUUUUUGGUUGGAAUUUUGAAACAUUUUGUACCUGUUGAUUUUAUUUAUCAGUUUAUUUUUCUAUUUAUUGUUUUAAAUGUAAUUUAACAUAUUUAUUAUUAAUAUAAUUAUUUUUAAAUUCUG